AUGGGGCCCCUGUGUCCUUGCCCAAACUCAAAAAAGCCUAUGAAAAAGGUACCGGGGCAUCUCAUAGGGCCCCCUACUGACCCCGGGCCCUCGGCCAUAGGGGGCCCCAUGAGAUGCCCCUGGUACCUUUUUCAUAGGCUUUUUUGAGUUUGGGCAAGGACACAGGGGCCCCAUGAUCCCCCUAUUGCCCGGGGGCCCCAUGAGGUGUCAGUCCGCCCCUGUACAUUACCUUCAUAGGCAAUGCAUAUUUGAGAUGUGGAUUUA